AUGGCCCUUAAGCGCAUUAACAAGGAGCUCACUGAUCUCGGCCGAGAUCCACCCUCUUCUUGCUCUGCCGGCCCUGUCGGCGAGGAUUUGUUUCACUGGCAAGCUACGAUUAUGGGACCUAUGGCUUAUGGGCGUGGCGAAGCCCUCAGCCGCACGCCGGUGCAGCCGCAUCUGCAUUUAACAAACUAUCACAAGAACAAAGUGGCUGACCAGACCUCACAGAGUGACUCUCCAUACUCCGGCGGUGUCUUCUUCCUGGCCAUUCACUUCCCUACCGACUACCCUUUCAAGCCUCCCAAAGUCAACUUCACUACCCGCAUCUACCACCCCAACAUCAACUCCAAUGGUAGCAUCUGCUUGGAUAUUCUGCGUGACCAGUGGAGCCCCGCGUUGACCAUCUCUAAAGUCCUUCUGUCCAUCUGCUCGAUGCUGACAGACCCCAACCCUGACGAUCCUCUUGUGCCCGAGAUUGCCCAUGUCUACAAGACUGACCGACCCAGAUACGAGGCCACAGCUCGGGAGUGGACUCGAAAGUAUGCAAUCUAA